CGGCUAAUGUACAAUUCACACUGCUGUCAGCAAUAACGGUCAGCAAUAACUAUGUAUAUCCAAAAAAAUUAUACUCCAAUUAAAUAUGACUACAGUUGACUUUAAUGCUGUAGUCACUGUAAGAGUACUCACAUUCACCGAAGUAGCAACACUACGCCAAACUGUUUGUACGCGCUGCAAGACUUAAAUAUUAGCGGGCUUCCGUAGCAGCCCGUCUAAAUGUCACUCGGUACUACUAGACAGCAGCUAAUGCGCAGCGUGAAAAGCUAACAUUUGUUGGAAUAAACUGCAGUAAUGAGUAGGAAUUACAACGACGAGCUACAAUUUGUGGACAAGAUUUCCACAAACUGCUGGAGAAUUAAAAAGGGUUUCGUUCCCAACAUGCAGGUGGAAGGAAUCUUCUACGUCAACGACCCUCUGGAGAAGCUGAUGUUCGAGGAGCUGAGGAACGCGUGCCGAGGAGGUGUGGGCGGCUUCCUUCCCGCCAUGAAACAGAUCGGGAACGUGGCGGCGCUUCCUGGGAUUGUCCACAGAUCCAUCGGCCUCCCAGACGUCCACUCGGGAUACGGCUUCGCCAUCGGCAACAUGGCCGCCUUUGAUAUGAACGACCCACAUGCGGUGGUGUCUCCAGGUGGCGUGGGUUUCGACAUCAACUGCGGCGUCCGCCUGCUGAGGACAAACUUGGACGAGCGAGACGUGGAGCCCGUCAAGGAGCAGCUGGCCCAGUCGCUCUUUGACCACAUCCCAGUGGGCGUCGGCUCCAAGGGCGUCAUCCCCAUGGGGGCCAAGGACUUGGAGGAGGCGCUAGAGAUGGGCGUGGACUGGUCCCUGAGGGAGGGCUACGCGUGGGCUGAGGACAAGGAGCACUGCGAGGAGUACGGGCGGAUGUUGCAGGCAGACCCCAACAAAGUGUCGUCCAAGGCCAAGAAGAGAGGCCUGCCUCAGCUUGGAACUCUGGGAGCGGGAAACCAUUACGCCGAGAUCCAGGUGGUGGACGAGAUCUACAACGACUACGCCGCCAAGAAGAUGGGCGUGGACCACAAAGGACAGGUGUGCGUGAUGAUCCACAGCGGCAGCAGAGGCCUGGGACACCAGGUGGCCACAGACGCCCUGGUCGCCAUGGAGAAGGCCAUGAAGCGGGACAAGAUCGUGGUGAACGACCGACAGCUGGCCUGCGCCCGCAUCACGUCGCAGGAAGGACAGGACUACCUAAAGGGGAUGGCGGCGGCCGGGAAUUACGCCUGGGUCAACCGCUCCUCCAUGACUUUCCUCACCAGACAGGCCUUCUCCAAAGUGUUUGGCACAACGCCGGACGACCUGGACAUGCACGUCAUCUACGACGUGUCCCACAACAUCGCCAAGGUGGAGGAGCACAUGGUGGAUGGGAAGCAGAGGACGCUGCUCGUCCACCGCAAGGGAUCCACUCGCGCCUUCCCCCCACACCACCCCCUCAUCCCCGUGGACUAUCAGCUCACAGGCCAGCCGGUGUUGAUCGGGGGAACCAUGGGGACCUGCAGCUACGUCCUCACGGGGACAGAACAAGGCAUGACGGAGACGUUUGGCACCACCUGUCACGGAGCGGGUCGCGCUCUGUCUCGUGCCAAGUCCCGCCGGAAUCUGGACUUCCAGGACGUCCUGGACCAGCUGGCCGACAAAGGCAUCGCCAUUCGGGUGGCGUCGCCCAAACUCGUCAUGGAGGAGGCUCCUGAGUCGUACAAGAACGUGACAGACGUGGUGGACACGUGUCACGAGGCGGGCAUCAGCAGGAAGGCCAUCAAGCUGCGACCCAUUGCAGUCAUCAAAGGCUGAAGACCCCGCCCCCUCGUGGCGUCACGAAUGAAUAAAACAUUAAAGAUGA